UUUCCAAUAAAACGUUUUAUUUUACUGCAAUUUGUUUCACAUUUGAUUACUAACUUAAUAAAUAAGCCAUGCAAAACGUUUAUAAAAUUGAAAGAUUUGUCAUAUGAUCCAAGUACUUUGAAAAAGAAAUAGAGAUAGGGUAGAACGAGUUUGGGAUCAUAUAUCUUCCAUAAUUUUUAUGCUUUCACAAUGGACACACAAAUUGAGGAUUUUAUGGAGUUCACACACUUAUGCGAAUUUUUUGAAAAAGUUCGAACAUCCAGAAUAAAAAAGGAGAAAAUAGAAAUUUUGAAGACAUUUUUCAACCAAUAUAGGAAUAAUGCCAGCAAAGUGCAAAAUACACAUGGUGGCAAUUUGGAUGAAAUUAUGUACCCAAUACUUAGAUUGAUAUUACCAAAAUAUUACUCCAUAAAGGAUUAUGACAGCCGUAAAAAGGAAACGAAACAUUCGUUGACAAUUCUUUAUGCCAAUGUGUGUCAAUUAUCAAAACAAAGUGAUGAUUAUAAAGCUUUAGUCAAUUCUCGGAAUCUUACAUCAGAUAAAUUUGAGAAAAAUGAUUUUGCUGAAUGUGCUUACUUUGUAUUCCAAAAAUUCUUAUCCCAACAUAGUACCAAGAUCGCACUUGCGGACAUAAAUAAAUUCCUCGACGAUAUUAGCAAUAAAAAGAUGCAACAAAAGAUCGAAUUAUUUAGACUUAUUUUUAGGCGAAUGACUGGAUUCCAAAUGAAAUGGUUAACAAGAAUUAUUCUUCAGGACUUACAGCUCGGCAUAAAAGCAGAAGAUAUAUUGGAUGUUCUCGAUAUCAAGUCGUACAAUACCAGUUUGAGGAAUUGUACAAUUUAUGACUCUUCUAAGAAAAUGAAACAAAAUGUGCAACUAUUCUCGCAUUUUAAACCAAUGCUCUUGGAGAGAUUGAGUAUUGAUGACAUUUGUAAACUGUUUUCGACCUCGAAAAAUUACUACGUACAAACCAAGUACGAUGGUGAGAGGUCUCAAAUUCAUAUGUCUCAUGGAAGAUAUAAAUAUUUUACGCGUAAUGGAUUUGAGAUAACAAAGAAACCUCUGUUGGGAGGAAUUGAUUCAUUGGGUUAUCUGUCUGUUAAGUUUGCACAAUUUCUGGACCCAGAUUGUACUUCUUUUAUAUUAGACGGAGAAUUAAUGGUUUGGAAUAAGAAGGAGAAAGCGUUGCUCACGAAAGGUAUGAAGGUCGAUGUGAAGUUUCUACAGACGGUGGGUCCUUAUCGACCGUGUUUCAUCGCGUUCGAUAUAAUUAUGUAUAAUGAUAUCUCGCUCCUUGAUAUACCUUAUCAUAGGAGGCUAAAACAACUCGAAAAUUUAUUAAUUAAAGCACAUGGCGCUAUAAGUGCGUGUGAGACUACUCCUAUUGAUGAUAGGACCCAACUAGAAGAUAUAUUUCGCUCUAAAUGUCUCCAAGGAAAAGAAGAAGGCAUUGUUGUAAAACGUCAUGAUUUCUUGUAUAAACCAAAUGUUCGGGAUGGCGGCGGUUGUUACAAGAUUAAAGCGGAGUAUUCGGACAAUUUAGUGCAAGAUUUAGAUUUGAUUAUACUUGGCGGUUCUUACACAAAAAACAAGUUUCCAAAACAACUCAAUAGCCUUAUAAUGGGUGCUGCCAUUCCAGCGAGUAGCGAAGAAGAGCAUCCGUCGUCAUUUAUGGUAAUCGUGUCUGUGAGCAAUGGGCUAAGCAAGGAAGAGUGGAAUUUUCUCGAAGAGCGAUUCUCGUCAAAAUGGGUAGAAGAAUGUCCCGAGAACAUUUUAACCUACGCAACAAGAACUCAAUCCGAUAUGUGGCUUCGUCCAGAGGAUUCCAUGAUUUUAACGAUACGAGCGACCGAGAUGGUGCCCAGUAAUAAGCAUCUAAUUGGAUACAGUUUUCGGUUUCCUAGAGUCAUGCAUAUCAGGCAGGAUAAACCGUGGUACAGUGCGUGUACCAAUAAGGAAAUCUUGUCUUUAGUCAAAAACAAGAAAGCAAUCCAUAAGUUAAUUAAGCCUGAAGCUAAUCUACACAAUAACGAGGAUUUGCUUGAACUAUCGGGAUGUACAUCAGAUAAGCCAAGAAUACUGACACGACCUUGGAGCGGACAAAUUGCGCACGUUGCGUUUGAAAAACCAGUAAUACACACGCGACUGUUAGAAGGUAAAGAAAUCUGUGUGAUAAACGGAACCGACGAUUUUUCGAAGGAGGAUAUUGAAAAGGUAUUGAUGCAGCACAGCGCAAAUAUCGUGAGCAAUCCAAUAUCAACAACUUACUGUACAAUAGUAGGCAAAAAUAAUACGAUACGAGCAUUGGACGUUAUAAAGAACCACGAUAACGUAGUAUCUUUCGAUUGGUUCUUGCGCGUUACAUCUGAUCAGAAAUCAUCGAUUUCUAUACAUCCGUGGGAAUUGUUAAGCAAAUCGAAGAAUCCUUCUGAUUCCUCUAUGGAAUACGACAUAUAUUACGAUUAUUAUUAUAUUGAUGCGACUGCGUCAACUUUGCAACAUUCAUUCGCCAGGAUCGACGAAUUAGACCUUGAUGCAGAAAUCUCUCGAGAUUCACGAGAAACGUUGUCUCCUUAUACAUUCCGGGGCUUGAAUGGAUUCUUUAAUAAAAAUAUGACCUUCGAAAAACUUAUAUUUCGUGAUCAAGAAGGUACGAUCAAAGAAAAUUUUGAUAAUUCCGUUACACAUGUAUUUGUGAAGACGAAUUAUAUUGCGAGUGAUUUGAAAAUGUACGAGGAUGCAGGUGCAAAAGUUGUCAAAUCUGAAUGGAUCACCGAAUGUUUCUUUCAUGACAAAUUCCUCAACAUUGAAGACUAUCUGAUUGAUUUAAGUAACUAAUGGAUUAUUACGCAAAAUGUUUCAAAUAAAUAUACCA